UCUUCAUGAGUAUUCCUUGUCAUUAAUAUAUAUAUAUAUAUAUAAUCUUUUUUUCACUCUCUCUCUACACUACCACCUCUGCCCCUCCAUCCUCCUCCUCUACCUUAUCCAGAUACUUAUCGGAACAGAUUAAACAUUGAAGAAUGAAAUCAAAACAUCUAAUUGCAAUUUUCUUGUUUUUGUUGUUGGCUUCAAUUGGAGUGGUUGAAUGCAAGAGACACAGGCACUUGUUCCAUUCAGAAUUAGUCGAGUUUCAAGGGCUGGUCGACUGUCGCAAACACACCGCCACAUUAAAGGAUUUUGGAGGCAUAGGCGAUGGCAAAACGUCAAACACCCAAGUCUUCAAAGCUGCCAUUGCUAACCUCAGUCUCUUGGCGGCGGAUGGCGGAGCUCAGCUAGUCAUCCCGCCCGGAAAAUGGGUCACCGGACCCUUCAGCUUGAUUAGCCAUUUCACUCUCUAUAUUCACAAGCAAGCUGUUAUUCUUGGAUCUCAGGAUGAGUCCGAAUGGCUUCUUUCUAAGAAAAGAUUUAGCAGCAGUCUAAUUUUUGGAUCAAACCUCACUGAUGUAGUUAUUACAGGUGGUAAUGGAAAAAUCGACGGUCAAGGGGAAAUGUGGUGGGACAAGUUCAGAAACAAAAACAGCAGCAGCAGCAGCAGGCCUCCUUAUAACCUUAUUGAGAUGAUCCACACAAAUCAUCUUCUCAUUUCAAAUCUCACCUUCCUCAAUUCCCCCUCCUUGAAUCUCCAUCCCCUUUACAGCAGCAAUGUGAUCAUUCAAAGCCUGACUAUCAUUGCGCCGACUGAUGCUCCCAACACAGAUGGGAUUCAAUCAGAUUCAUGCACAGAUGUUCUCAUACAAGACAACUACAUAGUUUCCGGUGGUGACUGUGUUUCAGUAAAAAGCGGUUGGCUGCCAUCAGAGCACAUAAUUAUAAGGAAGCUCACCUGCAUUUCUCCCACCAGCUCUGUUAUAGGCCUGGGGAGUGAGAUAUCUGGUUUGGUUCAUGAUGUCAGGGCAGAGGAUAUUAUCGCCUUCGAUACUAAAUCAGCUGUCAGGAUCCAAACUGGUUUUGGUGGCUAUGUGAAGGACAUAUUUGUCAGGAGAAUGAGUUUGCACAAAACGAAUUAUGUUUUUUUGAUGACAGGAAAUUCGGGUUUUAAUAAUGACCCAAAGCCAAAGAAGUUUCCUUCUAUAAGAGGUAUAAGUUUUGCAGACGUCCUGGCGGAUAAUGUUUCAAUGGUAGCUGAUUUCCAUGGACUAAAGGGUGACACUUUAAGUGGAAUAUGUAUUUCUGAUGUUAAUAUCGUUUUGGCAAAUAAGUAUAAGAAAGUUCAAUGGAAUUGUUCCAACGUGGAAGGAGUAACGAGAAAUGUGAAUCCUAAACCGUGUCGUCCUCUGGCUAGCAAGGGACCGAUAAUAUGUCCUUUCCCAAACGAGGCAUUAAGCAUCGAAGGUGUUCAGUUGAAGAUGUGUUCGGUUAAAGUUAAGACUUAAGAUUAAGGCUUCAGAAACUCACUUUGUAUACACAAAGGAAAUGAAUGCAAAUUUCUAUUUUAUUCUAGUUGUAAUGAAAAGAGAGGCAAAACUGACCUAUGAUUCACAAGCUGUAUCCGUUUCAUCCUUAGUCCCAAAAAGCAUUUGAUAA